AUAAAUAUCCCAAAAACGCGCCAGACUUGAAAUUCUUUCCAAACAGGCACUGCGAGGCAGACGAGGAAGACAGACAGAACUCAUAGUAGAUAAACAGGAAAAGUGCAGUGAAAGAGAAUCCAUUCAUCAUGCCUUUGGAUCAGAUUUCAUAUUCUGAAAAAUACUGUGAUGAAACAUUUGAGUACAGGCAUGUUAUCCUGCCAGCUGACAUAGCCAAACUGGUGCCCAAAACUCAUCUGAUGUCAGAGACAGAGUGGAGAAAUCUUGGAGUUCAGCAAUCACCAGGCUGGAUCCACUACAUGGUUCAUGCUCCAGAGCCACAUGUCCUGCUCUUCAGACGCCCUCUGACUAAUGCCCAGAGACUGCCCACCCAGCCUGUGUCACAGCACACUAUCAGCCAUGGCCAGUGAGAGCACCAACACCUGUCAGCAUUCGUGUAAUACCUGUUCGAGUCAUGAUGUACGGUUAUGGGUAGUAGCAGCUCUCUUGCUGGGUGUCACCAGGAAUGUGCUUCCUCUCAGCCAAUGGUCAGUGAGAUACUCGACAGUGGCUUGCACAGCUGUAUAUAGAGCUUGAUGUUAUACUGCAAUAACUUAUCUCCACAGGUCUGUGUGACUUGUACAUGCUGUACCAGUACUUUAUUUUACAUCCAAUACAGAAGUAAUGUGUUGAGCGCAGAAAAACAAUAGAUGUAUAUUAAAGUACAACAUAUGCAUGUAUGUAUUUAGGUUUCAGAAAGUAUACUGGAAUUGAUUGACGUAAGUGUUACAUAAACAUCUGUUUUUUUCAAUUAUUAAAGUUUUUAAGAUCAUGAUUUUUUUCUGGGUUUGUGUGAUUUGGUCUUAUAUUAAAUGCCCCUGUCAUACUUCUGUCCUACCGUUGUGUGGCUACACCUGGUGCACCGAUGAUGUUUGAACUGUCACAAGGUCUAAGGCAAGCACAGGCUUACCCAGGUAUGGUUCAUGUCUGUAUUGUUUUAUAUCCAGAGAGGUGUAAAGGAAUGUCAGGAUGUUUGUGAAAUGGGAAAUGGUGGGGCCGGUUUCAAAAAGCAUUGCUGAUCCAUCAAUAAGCUUAGCAUAGAGCAAAAGAAUAAAUACUCUGAAAAAGCUGAUAAGUCCCAAAUUUGGCGUUUCAAUAUUUUGACAAAAUUAUAUGAAUCCUUAAUUUUGUUGAAAUGUUUUAACAACAAAUAUGCCACUUCUCUGCCUUUUCCGAAUGUGCUUUUGCAUUAUGCUGUUUCACAAAGUUGAUCUUAAGUUACAUACCAUUUUAGUUCUUGGAAAAUAUUUUUAGUACUGUAGUAAUAAGUAAUAUUUUGAUGUAAAAUUCAGAAACUUUCUCCAUUUGCUAGGAUAUUUAUGGUUGUGCUAAAUGAGCAGAAUUUCUUGUUCUAUACUAAUGUCUUUUGUUCAAUAUUAAGAAACGGUUGGCACAAAUCUUUUGCAUUAAUGUUAAACUAUUUGUUUUGAAAUGUUAUUAAAUGUAUGUGUAUUUGUACACUUUGUUAUCUCAGGCUGAAUAAAUUCAAUCUGCUUUAAUAUAUUA